AUGGCGCUCCAGUCUCACGCCUUUCUAUUUUCGUUAGUAGGGUCCGGAGAGUACAUGAUUGUUUGCCCGCAAUCACCGGUACUAACGGCCGCUCUCUCCGGCGGUUUUCAGAAAGCAACAUCGAAAAUCAUCACUGUGAAUGAGUUCCAUAUUAGAAAGUACCAACUCUGCUCGAAAAGGGAGCACAAAUCCAGUUCCGACGACGGGCACAACCAGGAUAACACAGAUCACAUGUCACAUGAAACUGUCGAGGAUCUGCUCUCCCAUUUACGCGUCAAUGCAAUUGCUGACUAUUACAAUAUCCAAAACUUGGCUCAACUUGCAAACUCACAAAUUCGGGUCAUCCUGGAGAAGGGCCAAAUGCUAAUAGAUCCUGACGUCUGCUCAAUUAUCGCUUCGGCCGCGGCGACAUGUGUUGAGGAACUCUCCGAAUUGCAAGCCUUUCAAGAAGUGGAGCUCAAACACAACCUCUCUAUGGAAAUCCUUCGCGCUUACGACGAAGCACGCAUGAAAACAUCCUUCAUCGAGCAAAUAGACAAGUAUAUGGACUUGCUAAAACAAACGUACGGAUGCUGCCAUUGCGCCAAAGGUUUUGGCUGCUACUUUGAGAAAAAGUGUCUGGAGGGGCAUUCUUCUUUAUGUCCUACGCUGCAAACGAUGUCGCUGUCGGCACACAUAAGUUUUGUCCGGAGAAGCGCCAACAUCGAGGAAUUACAUAGCAAAGAUAGCUAA